CUUCACCAUUUCAUUCCAUAGUAAAAAAGUACUGUUCAACGGUGUUUCCGUCCCUCUCCCUUCAUUUGAAAGAAAAAGAUUUACAAAAGAAAGGGGUAGAAAGUGAGGCAAAGUGCGAGAAAAAGCAAAAGGAAAAUUUUGGUUCACGGAUUUCCGCUAGCUCAUCUGUACCAGAUCGCGUAAUUUAGGGUUUUAUACUCUUAACUUGGUGAUCGGACUCCGGUUAUGGCGAGCCCGGUCACUCCCAGUAAUGGUAGAGCUUUAUCUAUAACGCCUGGUGCUAGGGUUUUGAAGACCCCACUCAGCGACGAUACGAUCUGGAAGCGUCUCAAAGAGGUGGGGUUUGAUGAGGAAUCCAUUAGAAGAAGAGACAAGGCUGCUCUCAUAGCGUAUAUCGCGAAACUUGAAUCUGAGGUCUUUGAUCUUCAACACCACAUGGGUCUUCUCAUUUUGGAAAGAAAAGAGUUUGCUUCAAAAUAUGAGCAAAUCAAAGCCUCUGCUGAAGCAGCUGAACUAAAGCAUAAGCGUGAUCAAGUUGCGCACUUGUCUUCUUUAGCAGAAGCAAGGAAACGAGAAGAAAGCUUGAAGAAGGCUGUGGGAGUUGAGAAAGAGUGUAUAGCAAGUAUUGAGAAGGCCUUGCAUGAGAUGCGUGCUGAAUCUGCUGAAACCAAGGUUGCAGCUGAUUGUAAAUUGGCUGAUGCACGAAGUAUGGUUGAAGAUGCGCAGAAAAAAUACAUGGAUUCUGAGGCAAAAAUGCGUGCUGCAGAAGCUUUACAAGCAGAAGCUAGCCAGUAUCGUCGAGCUGCAGAAAGAAAGCUGCAGGAAGUUGAAGCACGUGAAGAUGAUCUUGGCAGGCGUACCAGUGCUUUCAAGGCUGAUUGUGAUGCAAAAGAGAAGGAGAUUGUUCUCGAGAGACAAACUUUGGGUGAGAGACGGAAAGUUCUGCAGCAGGAACAUGAAAGGUUACUUGAUGGGCAAGCUUUGUUGAAUCAGAGGGAGGAUUAUGUUGCCAGCAAAUCUCAAGAGCUAAAACGUCUAGAAAAGGAGUUGGAGUCCUCAAAAUCAAAUAUUGAGAAGGAACUUAGGGACUUGAAUGACAAGAAAUCCAACUUGGAGCUGACUGUGGCUUCCUUAACACAAAGAGAAGAGGCUGUUAUUGAGAGGGAGGCUCUACUAAACAAGAGAGAGCAAGAGUUUCUUGUUUUGAAAGAAAAACUGUCAAGCGAGAAAUCUGUUGAAAUUCAGAAAGUUAUUGCCAAUCAUGAGACUGUUCUGAAAACAAGGAAGUCAGAAUUUGAAGCUGAGUUGGAGAUGAACCGCAAAUUGGUGGAGGAUGAAAUUGAGGCCAAGAGACGAGCUUGGGAAUUGAGGGAAGUGGAUCUUAGACAAAGGGAGGACAUGUUGAAUGAGAGGGAACAUGACUUAGAGGUUCAAUCAAGGUUGUUGACUGACAAGGAGAAAGAUAUGGCAGAAAAGAUAAAUUUUCUUGAUGGGAAAGAAAGAAGUCUUAAUGCUGCUGAGAGGGACAGUGAGUUGAGGAGAGCACUUAUACAGCAAGAAAAAGAAGAGAUUAACAAAAUAAAGUUAGAACUCCAGGAGUCCUUGAAUUAUUUGGAAGACAAAAAGAAACAAGUCGAUUGUGCGAAGGAGAAACUAGAGACUAUGAAAAUUGAAACAAAUGAGCUCUCAGUUUUGGGGAUGAAACUUAAAGAAGAGGUUGAUAUGGUCAGGGCUCAGAAAUUGGAACUUAUGGCUGAAGAAGACAGAUUGAAGGUUGAAAAGGCUAAGUUUGAAACUGAAUGGGAGCUUAUUGAUGAAAAAAGGGAAGAACUGCAGACAGAAGCUGAACGUAUAGUUGAGGAGAGACAGGCGGUUUAUAGGUUACUUAAGGAUGAACGGGAUAGUCUAAGACUAGAGAAGGAAACAAUUCAAGAACAGCAUAAACAUGAUGUUGAGUUGCUUAACCAUGAGCGGGAGGAAUUUAUGAACAAGAUGGAACAUGAGCAUGCUGAGUGGUUCGACAAAAUUCAGAAGGAACAUUCAGAUUUCUUGUUGGGUAUUGAGAUGCAGAAGAGAGAGCUGGAGAACAGUAUAGAGAAAAGGCGUGAAGAGGUGGAAAGCUAUUUAAGGGGUCAAGAGAAAGCCUUUGAGAUAGAAAAGAAAAAUGAACUUCAACAUAUUAGAUCUCUUAGAGAGAAAGCAGCAAAAGAGUUGGAGGAUGUUGCUUUAGAGAUGAAGAAGCUUGAUUCUGAGAGAACAGAGAUAAAUUUAGAUCGUGAGCGAAGAGACAUGGAAUGGGCUGUGCUGAAUAAAUCCAUCGAGGACCUUAAGGAUCAAACUCAGAAAUUAGAGAAACAGAGGGAAUUAUUACAUGCAGAAAGAGAGGAGGUUUGUCUUCAGAUUGAACGCCUGGAAAAAUUGGAAGAUUUGAAACUUAUGUUGGAUAACAUGGAAGUGGCUAAGAUACAACAGUCAAGCAUGGAGUCUAGCCAGCAGAAAAUCUCUGCAAUAAGAUAUUUGAGAAAUCACUCCUCUGUAAAAGAUAGUGACCUGGCUUCACAUGAAAGAGUAGAUAAUACUAACAAUGGAAGUGGACUUGAUUCUUCAUCUAUGCAAAAAACAGAUGUUGCUUCAUCCGCGAACUCUGCUCGUUUCUCUUGGAUCAAACGUUGCACUGAACUGAUGUUCAAAAGUUCUCCUGAGAAGCCCCUUUUGAAGAGUGAGGAAAAGUCUCUGAUAUCCAAUAAUGAUUAUGCAAGUUUAAAAUCUGCCAGCAAAUUGGAUUCUUCCAAUGGAUAUCAUGGACAAAACCUUAAAUCAAUAGAGAGUUCUGGGACGAGACAGCCUGUGAGAUAUGCUUUUGGUGAACCAAAGGUGAUAUCUGAACCCCCUGAAGAUGAUAUUGUCAAGGGAAAACAUGAUGAGGAAGAUGCUAAUGAAGAGAUUGCUCCCUCACUUUCUGAAGAAGGAAUUAACGCCGGAAGGAAAAGGAGAGUUAAAAACUCUCCCUUGGAUGUUUCUACUGAUCCACAACUAGAGCAAAGACAGAACAAUAAGAGGAGGAGGCAACAUAAAGAUGCUGCUGUGAAUUUAUCCAAAGAUGCCGAUAACCCCUGUAUAACUUCAACCCAGAUCAAUGUGCCAGAAGGUCAGCAUUCAACUGAAGAAGGUGAAGAUGCUGACAUGGUAAUUGCGGACAAAAUCAUCAAAAUUUCAGAAGUGACUUCUGAAGUGACCUGUGAUUACUGUGAUGUUCAAGAUGGAGGAACAAAUGGUCAAUCAAAUCAGAGAUGUGUGGACCAUAGUGUGGUACCAUGUGGCUCUGAGGUAUCAGAAAUGUUAAAGGAUAAAGUGAGAAAUGUUGGACGUGGUACUGACCAACAUCAGUCUCAUGAAGAUGCAUCCAAAGCGGAUGAUCUGAGGGUUGAAGAUUCCGAUGUUGCUAUAUCUGACAAUAGUGAGAAGGUUCCUGAGAAUAUUGCAGGGAGGACAAGAUCAAAACAGAAGCUGUAGAAUUCUAGCUGUUGCCUUGUUGAUGUGUUUAUGAUCAGGCAAGCAUGCAAAUAUCUUUAAGCUUUUGAUUUUGUUCACUUAAAUGAAUGGUAACCAUGCAACAUCGAGCAGCCUAAUAAUUUUUUCCAGUCUGUUGUAGUGCAGAGUGCUGGAAGUACUAAUUUUACUGGGUUUUGGUUGAGUACUUAUGCCAGUUGACUUGUCUUGUGGUGUCUCCUAAUGUGUGAUUGGAUCAUCUCGAAGCAGGUGUGGAAAUUUGUAAAUGAUUUGCAUAUAUAUUUAUGGGGUUUCAUGGGGUAAUUUGUUAAUGUUUAGUAUGUCCUUAAGUAGGAGGUUUGGAAACUCAUGUACAGGCAAUUGUGCAUCCUUGUCUGGCUUAGGGGUCGUGUGGUUGUUACUUUAUUAAAAGUCGGUAUUUUGCAUGGUCAGAUUGAAAUAUCCCUACCUUGGCGUUGAGAAACGUUGAAAGUAGGCAACAUUUUUAUUGCUCUUUGGCAAUCAAAUGAGGAUGUGUUUCUUCUUGUCAUAUUGUAUGUUUAACAAUGGAGUGAGGCUUUUUGUGCUUUUUGACGUUGGCAUUGGUGUAGACAUUCCCAUUCAUAGGGUUGAGUGGAUAAAUGUUAUAUAUCAUCUGAAUGUUAAUUCUGCA